UGGACAAGUGUAUGGUGAAAUGAAAGAGCUUAGAGCUGCUUUGGUUGCAUACAGUGUGAGAAACAGGGUUAAGAUUAACAAAGGAAGAAAUGAAGCAACGAGGUUGAAUGCAUCUUGCUCUGCUGGAUGCCCCUGGCUUUUGAAGGCGUCUAAGGACAACAGAACAGGAAGCAUUGUAAUUAAGAGAUACAAUUGCAAUCACACAUGUCAGAAAUCUUGGGAUGCAAAGUGUUUGUCAGUUAAAUUUCUUACCGGUAAGUUCAUUGAGGAGUUCAGAGACAACCAAAAGAUGGACUUGGUGACCUUUGGUAACAAAGUUCAGAGAGAAUUCAAGGUCAGACCUCAUAAAGUCAAAUUAGGAAGGGCAAGGAGAGCUGCACUUGAUUUGAUACAUGGAGAUGAAGCAGCUCAGUAUCAACAGCUAUGGAAUUAUGGUAAAGAGCUGAGGAGGAGCAAUCCUGGCAGUACCUUCCUUGUUAGCACAACUCUUGUUAAGGAGAAUGAAAAUGAGGACCCAAAGGAUCAUUUGUCAUCGUUGUAUUGGUCAUAUGAUGCUUGCAAGAGAGGUUUCUUAAAUGGAUGUAGGCCCAUCAUUUUUAUCGAUGGAUGCCACUUGGAAAGUAGGUACAAAGGCCAGUUACUUACUGCUGUUGGCAUAGACCCAAAUGACUGCAUUUAUCCCAUUGCAAUGGGAAUGGUUGAAGUAGAAUCAAAAUUCUCCUGGGAGUGGUUUCUCACUACAUUAAAGCAUGACUUGAACAUAGUGAACACCUCCCCAUUCACUAUAAUGAGUGACAAACAAAAGGGCUUAAUAAAUGCAGUUGGAAAGGUGUUUCCAGACUCAGAGCACAGAUUUUGUGUUAGACAUUUAUAUCAAAACUUUCAUAUGCAUUUCAAAGGAGAGACAUUGAAAAACCAUUUGUGGGCAAUUGCAAGAUCAACAAAUAUCACAAAGUGGAUGUUGAACAGAGAAGCAAUGAGAGAGGAUUGCCCUAGUGCUGUUGCUUGGUUGGAGAAUAAACCUGAAAACCAAUGGGUGAAAGCAUUUUUCAGUGAUUUCCCCAAAUGUGACAUCCUAUUGAACAAUAUGUCAGAAGUGUACAAUAGCUACAUAUUGGAAGCAAGGGAGUUCCCUGUGAUUUCAAUGAUGGAAUGUAUAAAGGGUAAGAUUACUGCUAGACAUGAGAGCAAGCAGAGAGAGGCAAGAAACAAAUGGACUGGUAAGAUAUGCCCAAAGAUCAAGAAGAAAUUAGAGAAGGAGAUAGAACUGUCUGCAAGUUGUUUUCCUAGUCACUCUGGUUUGGGAGUAUAUUCUGUGAUAUCAAGAAACUUUACAUACCUUGUGGAUAUUCCAGCAAGGACAUGUGAUUGCAAAAGAUGGCAACUUAGUGGCAUUCCUUGCAGCCACUCUAUUGCGUGCUUUAGGGAAGAGAGGAUAGAUCCAGAAGAAAUGGUUCACAAGUGCUACACAAUAGAGACAUACCUGCUAGCAUAUGGGCACAAUAUAAUGCCUAUGAGAGAUAGGGCUCACUGGGAGCAAGUUAAUGGAAUUGUCGUUCAUCCACCGAUUUACAAGAAAAAGAUGGGAAGGCCACCAAAGAACAGGAAAAGAACACCUGAAGAAAAGCUUCAGAAGGAUGGCAGCAUUGCACUGAACAAGAAAGGUGUGAGCAUGCAUUGUUCAAUUUGUGGAAAAGCAGAUCACAACAAGAAGGGCCAUCAGAAAUUCAUGGAGAGGGAGAGUGAGAGGGAAGCAAAUGAGAUGGAAGAAGAAAUAGAAGAUCCUUCCAUUUUAAAUGACAUCAGGACACACAUGGAGGACACAAGGCUAGAUCCUAUGCAUGUGCCUUUCAGCAUGGUACAUAUAAUGAGGCAAGAGGAGAGAAUCCAUGUUUCAAAUGUCAAACCACCUGGUCCUUUGCCAGAUAUAUCUAGAUUUGUUGCUGAUGCCAGGGACUCCAUUCCUGAGAGAAGAACAAUUACUACUGCUACAACCAGAGGAAGGAAUAGGGGAAAAGGCAAAGGGAGGCCACUAGAUGAUGAAGAAACCAUUGGUGCUACAAGCAGAGGAAAAAACAAGAGACAGAAAGCAGGUACUAGCACAUACCCAGGUGAUGGAAGCAAUCGUGCAAGAGGGCCCAACAAUGCAACAAGAGGAGGUUCAAUAGCUGCAAGAGGUGGCCGGAGUGGUGGUGCAAGAAGGGGAGCAAAUGCUACAAUAGGUGGAGGAAAUGCAACAAUAGGAGGAGCAAAUGCUGUUGGAAGAGGGGGAACAAAUGCUACAAGAGGUGGACGAAGUGGUGCUGGAAGAGGGGAAGCUAAUGCUGCACGAGGUGGAGGAAAUGCUGCUGGAAGAGGAGGUGGUGCUGAUGGAAGUGGUGGAACAGUUGGUGGAAGGGGCUGGUGCUAUCUUUUGCUUGGAGAAGAUGGAGAAAGGAGAGAUGCAUCUGUUCCAGACCUAAAUCAAUCCCUGACCUCAAUGCUCGAGAAGAGAUCAUUGUGACCCAAAAUGCGCCUACGGGUCCUUUCUAAAGUGGGAUGUUAGCAAAGUUCAUCGAUGAGCUAGCUAAUCAUGUCGUAGUUCAUGUCUGAACUUUGUAGGUACUUUAUUUUGUAAGGUUCUAAAAACCUGAAUGUUGCUGCA